AUGUGCGGCGGCGUGAUCCUCGCCGAGCUCAUACCCAGCGCACCGGCGCAGCGCGGCGCCACGCCGGGCCACGACAGCGGCAAUGGUCGGACCGCGGCCGACGAUGACUUCGAGGCCGCGUUCCGGGACUUCGACGAGGACUCCGAGGAAGACGCGGUUAUGAAGGAGCGGCAAAAGGGCAAGGCGUUCGGGUUCGCCGCCCCCGCGACCGCGACCGCGACCCUGCGCAGGAGGCGGCCCAGCAGCAGCCAGUACCACGGCGUCCGGCGCCGGCCGUGGGGCAAGUGGGCGGCCGAGGUGCGCGACCCCGUCAGGGGCGUCUGCGUCUGGCUCGGCACCUUCGCCACCGCCGAGGCCGCGGCGCGCGCGAACCCCGCGGCGCCACCGCCAAGCUCAACUUCCCGUCCAAGCGCCGCUCCGCUGCCGCCAAGGCGAUCCCGCGCGUCGACCUCGUGGACGAGGACGACAGCGUUCUCGGCGCGCGCGCGCGCCGGCAUGUCCGCGACCGACGACGGCGCGGCGGUCGAGCUCGGCGGCGCCAAGAAGCGCGCCCGGAUAGAGACAGAGCCCCGGGAAGAAGAAGCCGAGGGCAAGGAGGAGGUGGCGCAGGCGGUGCCGUCCGGUGAUCCCGCCGACAUGCUGUUCGACGCUUUCAUGUUCGGCGACCAGUUCAGCUUCUUCAACGGCGGCGGCGUGUACGAGCCUGCCGCGACGGACGGCCUGUUGGGCGGCGACGCCGCGCUGUGCAACGACAGCGUGGGGCUCUGGAGCUUCGACGACAGCGUGUGCUAUUUCUAG